AUGUCUAUGGAGGAGGCCAUCGAUAUCCUGAAUUCAGUCCCACUGAUUGAUGGACACAACGACUGGCCACACCUCAUUCGCGGGUUUUACGACAAUCAACUGGAUAUUCGGUUGGAUCCGGAAAAGGACCUAGUGGGACAUGUUGAUUUCAAGCGACUCAGAGAAGGGAAAUCUGGUGGUGCCUUCUGGAGUGUUUACAUAGACUGCCCAGACUCAGACGACUUCACCGACGAUGCGGCACACCUAGAGACGUUGAGAGAUACACUGCAGCAAAUCGAUCUAGUGCAUCGACUGGUGGAUUUGUAUUCAGACCACAUGGGUCUCGUUGAUCGUGCCUCCGAUAUCAUGCGCUUGUUCACUGAUGGGAAAUUUGCUAGCCUAAUCGGCGUCGAAGGGCUCCAUCAGAUUGCAAACAGCUCCAGUGUUCUUCGGUUGUAUCAUAAACUUGGAGUCCGAUAUGUCACAUUAGCGCACAAUAAGAAUAAUCUGUACGCAGAUAGCGCAACCGCAAUAUCUCCAGCACAUGACGGACUAUCUUCUAAGGGCGAAUUGAUAGUCAGGGAAAUGAACAGAAUUGGAAUGAUCAUUGACCUCUCCCAUACAAGCGAAUCUGUGAUGCACCAAGUGUUGGAUAUUUCCAAAGCGCCUGUGAUUUUCUCUCACUCGUCGACAUCCUCCAUCGUUCCACAUCCUCGCAAUGUCCCCGACGCUAUUCUCGAGAAACUAAAAGCCAACAAGGGAGUGAUUAUGAUCACAUUUAUUCCCUCUCUUGCUCACAUUGAUCCCACCCAAGGGAACAUGGACCAUGUCAUUGAUCACAUUAUGCAUGUUGGACAAAAUAUUGGCUACGAUCAUGUUGGGCUUGGAUCUGACUAUGACGGUAUGUUUAAUGCUGUAAAAGGAAUUGAGAAUGUCGCUCGAUAUCCUCAUUUGGUUCGCAGAAUGCUGGAGCGUGGGAUUGCCCGAUCGGAUGUGGAAAAGAUCAUAGGGCUUAAUGUGAUCCGUGUAUUGAACGAUGUGGAAGUGCAAUCAGCUUCAAACAAAUCUCAAGUACCAAUCAUGCAGGAUGGAGUGAAGCAACUGUGGAACGAGAAAUUCCGAGGUGUUGUGAGAGGGGCUUAUCCUGAUGCAGAGAUGGAUUUGCCUAGAGCCCUCAUACCGGAGAAAAGCAAGUGA